AAACAUGUGACAUCAACAGGCCGGCAGGACAGUUGAAACAAACACCAGUUUUGAUGGCAUUGGAAGAAGGACACUAUGAUGUUUAUCAUCUCCUUGUGUCUGAGGGUGCAGAUAUGACACUUACUGAUGACGAGAACAGAGACUGUCUGAUGUUGGCAUGUGAGAGAGGAAACCUAUCUAUAGUGAAACAUGUCUUGUCAUUGAAAACAUGCGACAUCAACAGGCGGGGAGGAAAGUUGAAACAGACACCAGUUAUGACGGCAUUGGAUGGAGGACACUAUGAUGUUUAUCAUCUCCUUGUGUCUGAGGGUGCAGAUCUGACCCUUACUGAUGAUGACAACACAGACUGUCUGAUGUUGGCAUGUGAGGGAGGAAACGUAUAUAUAGUGAAACAUGUCUUGUCAUUGAAAUCAUGCGACAUCAACAGGCGGGGAGGAUAUUCGAAACAAACACCAGUUUUGACGGCAUUGGAAGAAGGAAACUAUGAUGUUUAUCAUCUCCUUGUGUCUGAGGGUGCAGAUCUCACUGUUACUGAUCAAUACAACAGAGACUGUCUGAUGUUGGCAUGUGAGAGAGGAAACCUAUCUAUAGUGAAACACGUUUUGUCAUUGAAAACAUGCGACAUCAACAGGCGGGGAGGAUAUUUGAAACAAACACCAGUUAUGAGGGCAUUGGAAAGAGGACACUAUGAUGUUUAUCAUCUCCUUGUGUCUGAGGGUGCAGAUCUGACCCUUACUGAUCAAUACAACAGAGACUGUCUGAUAUUGGCAUGUGUGGGAGGAAACCUAUCUAUAUUGAAACAUGUCUUGUCAAUGAAAACAUGUGACAUCAACAGGCGGGGAGGAAAGUUGAAACAAACACCAGUUAUGAUGGCAUUGGAAAGAGGACACUAUGAUGUUUAUCAUCUCCUUGUGUCUGAGGGUGCAGAUCUGACCCUUAGUGAUCAAUACAACAGAGACUGUCUGAUGUUGGCAUGUGUGGGAGGAAACCUAUCUAUAGUGAAACAUGUCUUGUCAUUGAAAACAUGCGACAUCAACAGGCGGGGAGGAAAGUUGAAACAAUCACCAGUUUUGAGGGCAUUGGAUGGAGGACACUAUGAUGUUUAUCAUCUCCUUGUGUCUGAGGGUGCAGAUCUGACUGUUACUGAUGAUGACAACACAGACUGUCUGAUGAUGGCAUGUGAGAGAGGAAACCUAUCUAUACUGAAACAUGUCUUGUCAUUGAAAACAUGCGACAUCAACGGUCGGGGAGGAAAGUUGAAACAAACACCAGUUUUGAGGGCAUUGGAUGGAGGACACUAUGAUGUUUAUCAUCUCCUUGUGUCUGAGGGUGCAGAUCUCACUGUUACUGAUAAAUACAACAGAGACUGUUUGAUGUUGGCAUGUGAGGGAGGAAACAUAAAUAUAGUGAAACAUGUUUUGUCAUUGAAAACAUGGGACAUCAACGGGCGGGGAGGGGUGUUGAAACAAACACCGGUUUUGACGGCAUUGAAAGGAGGACACUAUGAUGUUUAUCAUCUCCUUGUGUCUGUGGGUGCAGAUCUGACCUUUACUGAUGAUAACAACAGAGACUGUCUGAGGUUGGCAUGUGACAGAGGAAACAUAUCUAUAGUGAAACAUGUCUUGUCAUUGAAAACAUGCGACAUCAACGGGCGGGGAGGAAAGUUGAAACAAACACCAGUUAUGAUGGCAUUGGAAGGAGGACACUAUGAUGUUUAUCAUCUCCUUGUGUCUGAGGGUGCAGAUCUGACCCUUACUGAUCACUGCAAUAGAGACUGUCUGAUGUUGGCAUGUUUUGGAGGAAACAUAAAUAUAGUGAAACAUGUCUUGUCAUUGAAAACAUGCGACAUCAACAGGCGGGGAGGAUAUUUGAAACAAACACCAGUUAUGAUGGCAUUGGAAGGAGGACACUAUGAUGUUUAUCAUCUCCUUGUGUCUGAGGGUGCAGAUCUCACUGUUACUGAUAAACACAACAGCGACUGUCUGAUGUUGGCAUGUGAGAGAGGAAACCUAUCUAUAGUGAAACAUGUUUUGUCAUUGAAAGCAUGCGACAUGAACAGGCGGGGAGGAUAUUUGAAACAAACACCAGUAAUGAUGGCAUUGGAAGGAGGACACUUUGAUGUUUAUCAUCUCCUUGUGUCUCAGGGUGCAGAUCUAACCCUUACUGAUCAAUACAACAGAGACUGUCUGAUGUUGGCAUGUGAGAGAGGAAACGUAUCUUUAGUGAAACAUGUCUUGUCUAUGAAAACAUGCGACAUCAACAGGCGGGGAGGAUAUUUGAAACAAACACCAGUUAUGAUGGCAUUGGAAGAAAGACACUAUGAUGUUUACCAUCUCCUUGUGUCUGAGGGUGCAGAUCUGACCCUGACUGAUGAUAACAACACAGACUGUCUGAUGUUGGCAUGUGAGAGAGGAAACCUAUCUAUGGUGAAACAUGCCUUGUCAUUGAAAACAUGCGACAUCAACAGGCGGGGAGGAUAUUUGAAACAAACACCAGUUAUAACGGCAUUGAAAGGAGGACACUAUGAUGUUUAUCAUCUCCUUGUGUCUGAGGGUGCAGAUCUGACCCUUACUGAUGAUAACAACACAGACUGUCUGAUGUUGGCAUGUGAGAGAAGAAACAUAUCUAUAGUGAAACAUGUCUUGUCAUUAAAAACAUGCGACAUCAACAGGCGGGGAGGAUAUUUGAAACAAACACCAGUUAUGACGGCAUUGGAAGGAGAACACUAUAAUGUUUAUCAUCUCCUUGUGUCUGAGGGUGCAGAUUUGACUGUUACUGAUGAUGACAACACAGACUGUCUGAUGCAGGCAUGUAAGAGAGGAAACCUAUCUAUAGUGAAACAUGUCUUGUCAAUGAAAACAUGUGAUAUCAACGGGCCGGGAGGAAAGUUGAAACAAACACCAAUUAUGACGGCAUUGGAUGGAGGACACUAUGAUGUUUAUCAUCUCCUUGAGUCUGAGGGUGCAGAUCUGACCCUUACUGAUAUAUACAACAGAGACUGUCUGAUGUUGGCAUGUGAGGGAGGAAACAUAAAUAUAGUGAAACAUGUCUUGUCAAUGAAAACAUGUGACAUCAACAGGCAGGGAGGAAAGUUUAAACAAACACCAGUUAUGAUGGCAUUGGAAGGAGGACACUAUGAUGUUUAUCAUCUCCUUGUGUCUGAGGGUGCAGAUCUGUCCCUUACUGAUAAAUACAACAGAGACUGUCUGAUGUUCGCAUGUGUUGGAGGAAACCUAUCUAUAGUGAAACAUGUCUUGUCAAUUAAAACAUGCCACAUCAACAGGCGGGGAGGAUAUUUGAAACAAACACCAGUUAUGAUGGCAUUGAAAGGAGGACACUAUGAUGUUUAUCAUCUCCUUGUGUCUGAGGGUGCAGAUCUGACCCUUUCUGAUGAUAACAACACAGACUGUCUGAGGUUGGCAUGUGAGAGAGGAAACCUAUCUAUACUGAAACAUGUCUUGUCAUUGAAAAUGUGCGACAUAAACAGGCGGGGAGGUAAGUUGAAACAAACACCAGUUAUGACGGCAUUGGAAGAAGGACACUAUGAUGUUUAUCAUCUCCUUGUGUCUGAGGGUGCAGAUCUGACUGUUACUGAUAAAUACAACAGAGACUGUCUGAUGUUGGCAUAUGAGAGAGGAAACCUAUCUAUACUGAAACAUGUCUUGUCAUUGAAAACGUGCGACAUAAACAGGCGGGGAGGUAAGUUGAAACAAACACCAGUUAUGACAGCAUUGGAAGAAGGACACUAUGAUGUUUAUCAUCUCCUUGUGUCUGAGGGUGCAGAUCUGACUGUUACUGAUAAAUACAACAGAGACUGUCUGAUGUUGGCAUGUGAGGGAGGAAACAUAAAUAUAGUGAAACAUGUUUUGUCAAUUAAAACAUGGGACAUCAACAGGCGGGGAGGAAAGUUGAAACAAACACCAGUUAUGACGGCAUUGGAUGGAGGACACUAUGAUGUUUAUCAUCUCCUUGUGUCUGAGGGUGCAGAUCUGACCCUUACUGAUCAAUUCAACAGAGACUGUCUGAUGUUGGCAUGUGAGAGAGGAAACCUAUCUAUAGUGAAACAUGUCUUGUCAAUUAAAACAUGGGACAUCAACAGGCGGGGAGGAAAGUUGAAACAAACACCAGUUAUGAUGGCAUUGAAAGGAGGACACUAUGAUGUUUAUCAUCUCCUUGUGUCUGAGGGUGCAGAUCUGACCCUUACUGAUGAAUACAACAGAGACUGUCUGAUGUUGGCAUGUGUUGGAGGAAACCUAUCUAUAGUGAAACAUGUCUUGUCAAUUAAAACAUGGGACAUCAACAGGCGGGGAGGAUAUUUGAAACAAACAUCAGUUUUGACGUCAUUGGAAGAAGGACACUAUGAUGUUUAUCAUCUCCUUGUGUCUGAGGGUGCAGAUCUGACCCUUACUGAUACAUACAACAGAGACUGUCUGAUGUUGGCAUGUGAGGGAGGAAACGUAUCUUUAGUGAAACAUGUCUUGUCUAUGAAAUCAUGCGACAUCAACAGGCCGGCAGGACAGUUGAAACAAACACCAGUUAUAACGGCAUUGGAAGGAGGACACUAUGAUGUUUAUCAUCUCCUUGUGUCUGAGGGUGCAGAUCUGACUGUUACUGAUGAUAACAACACAGACUGUCUGAGGUUGGCAUGUGAGAGAGGAAACCUAUCUAUACUUAAACAUGUCUUGUCAUUGAAAUCAUGCGACAUCAACAGGCGGGGAGGAUAUUUGAAACAAACACCAGUUAUAACGGCAUUGAAAGGAGGACACUAUGAUGUUUAUCAUCUCCUUGUGUCUGAGGGUGCAGAUCUGACCCUUACUGAUGACGACAACACAGACUGUCUGAUGUUGGCAUGUGAGAGAGGAAACCUAUCUAUAGUGAAACAUGUCUUGUCAAUGAAAACAUGCGACAUCAACGGGCCGGGAGGAAAGUUGAAACAAACACCAGUUAUGACGGCAUUGGAAAGAAGACACUAUGAUGUUUAUAAUCUCCUUGUGUCUGAGGGUGCAGAUCUCACUGUUACUGAUAAAUACAACAGAGACUGUCUGAUGUUGGCAUGUGAGGGAGGAAACAUAUCUAUAGUGAAACAUGUCUUGUCAAUGAAAACAUGCGACAUCAACAGGCGGGGAGGAAAGUUGAAACAAACACCAAUUUUGACGGCAUUGGAAGAAGGACACUAUGAUGUUUAUCAUCUCCUUGUGUCUGAGGGUGCAGAUCUCACUGUUACUGAUGAUGACAACAGAGACUGUCUGAUGUUGGCAUGUAAGAGAGGAAACCUAUCUAUAGUGAAACAUGUCUUGUCAAUGAAAACAUGCGACAUCAACAGGCGGGGAGGAUAUUUGAAACAAACACCAGUUAUGAUGGCAUUGGAAGGAGAACUCUAUGAUAUUUAUCAUCUCCUUGUAUCUGAGGGUGCAGAUAUGACACUUACCGAAGACGAAAACACAGACUAGAAUAUUGUUACCUGUAUUUUUGUAACUUGACACCAAACUCACGAGGGCUGCUUACAUCUGGCACCUUCCUCAACCAGUGUCUGAGCAAGGUCUCUUCAUGUGAGUGGAGGAAAAGGCAGGACAACGGAAUGAUGUUCCUGGUUGAUUUAGCGUUGAGAAUUCACACUGGCAUCACCACAGAUUCCUUGCCACACCAUGUUGAUCGACCUCCAGAUCACAACAAACAUGCCUGCCAUUUCCCUCAUCGGUGGUGUACUCUGAUAAUCUAAGGUUGUUGCAGCCGAUGACGUCACCACCAAAAAAUAUUUCCUGAGGUGCAAAACCCGAAGGUAGCAGUUGUCGUUUGGCCUGGUCAAGGGUAAUCUGCUGCGUCUAGGUCUCUCCCUCGUACUGCCUCUUUGGUUGGUCAGGCUCGCUGGCUUGGUUUGAUGCAUGUCAUCGUAUCCCAAUUGCGUGGAUUGAUGGUCAUGAUGUAAAUCACUGGAUUGUCUGGUCGAGACUCGAUAAUUUACAGACCGCUGUCAUAUAGCUGGAAUCCUGGAGUGCAGCGUAAAACAACAAACGCACACUCACAUGUUGGUUGAAGCAUAAUAUAAGUACACUAGCAUUGUAGUGGUGUAUACAGCAGUAAGGUGUUGUAGUGGUAUAUAUUGCAUUCCAACUAUAUCAUA